AUGGAGACCCAAGUAGGUGCAAAGCGGGUGAGUAGAAGAUCUUUAUUGGGUAACUAUCUUUUGCGGAAAUAUGAGAAUGUUUUUGCAUCGAUAGACCAUGUUUCUGCGCCCGAUGAGAAUGAGAAGCUUUUGAGCAAUCGAGAUUUGGUUCAAGGAAUUGCAUCAUCGCUAUUUGACGCUACAUGGGAAAGGUUCAAGGCGAUGAGGGAUGAUGAUACGAAGACCAUAGAUGAUGAUUUUCAUGAGUAUAUGAGUGGGAUAGAUCUGGAAAGCAAUGAUAGUUUCUGGAAAGAUGAGAAUUUCCGACAGGAGUAUGAAGCAAGGUCUGCCUCAUCUGAGGAUCCUGGGCCUCAGGGUAUAAGGAUGGAAAGGAUACAGAAUGGGCAGUUCAAAAAUGGGAGGCAUUUAGUAGAGGAGACGAAGGAACAUUUUGUUGAUAUGGUUAUUGAUCGACUUAUACUGAGUUUGCUUCCCGAUGAGUUACCAGAAAGGGAGCAGUUUAGCCAGCGAGUUUCAGAACCAAGUCGUCGUAAAUCACAAACAGUGAGUGUAUCAAUCAUGAGUAGGAAUAUUAGAAUCUUGACUUCUAAGUUGGGGGCGAUAUUUGAGGUACAAGACGAAUUAGUGCGGUUGGCUACUUGGAGAAACCCGGCUGGCACACUUUUGAUAUUGGUGGUAUUCACGAAGAUCUGCUUCAACCCCAUGCUUCUUCUGAUAUUACCUAUAGUAUAUAUUAUGUUUGGGCUAAUGAUCCCUGGUUAUUUACACAGACACCCAUUGCAUAGGGGAAUAUAUCUAUCCAAGAGGUCCUACGGCCAAUCAUUAAUUAAAGAUAUUACCACCGGAGGUAGUAGAGUCAAGGUUCAACCACACGAACCACUGCGUGAGUAUAGUUAUGAGGACGUCGAUUUAGAUGCCUUGAAGAAGGCUAAUGCAGUUCGCCAGAGCAUGGAAUUCGUGGUAAAUCUCCGAGAUUUACAGAAUUUGAUGAGCAUUAUGGUUUUCAUUACUGAUAAGGUCGAAAAAUUUGUAUACGGUACGGCAGGGUUCAAGAACGAACAGAUUUCAACCAUGGUGUUCCUUUCAGGGUUUUUCUUUUUGAUAUCAUUAUGGGUUAUAGCACCUUUCAUAAAUUGGGCAUUAAUGACCAGCAUGCUGGCAUGGGGAGUCAUGUUUGUGCUACAUCCAAGAGUGAGACCAGUAUUAUUAGGACUCUUAAAAAAGCAGCAGUUGGAAAAGGGCAAAGAGGUUCUUGAAAAGACGGAGCGGUACGAUAUACUAUUGGACGAACCAGUAGAAACUAGGUGGACAGAAGUGUUUGAAAUUCAAAUACAAGGAAUCACUGAAACGGAAUGGUCACAUUAUAUGUAUGCCACACAUGUAUUCGACAAAAGUGAUCCAUAUCGUAAAUCUCAAAAGCCACCACCAGGCGUACAAACAUUAGAAGAAUUAAAAGCUCCACCAACUUGGGUUUUUGAUUCAAACUGCGAGUGGAUUACCGACACAAAUGUACAGCAAUGGGCAGCAGAGCGUGGUCUGGAAAAUUUGAGAAUAGAUGGCGAUUAUCUUGUCGAUGAUCAGUUUAAGAGAAAGCGCUUAAUACGUAAGGUAAUACGAUAUGCAAACCCAGCAAGAAUCCCAUCAUAUCGCUGA